AGUCAUGGAAAAAAAGAAAACCAGGGGAGUCCAAACUUUUGAGUGGUAGUGUAUGUGAAUCCAAAAUGGAUUUUCAUUCAUAAUCCCUAAUAAACUCAUUGUUAUUAGUAUUAGUAGUAGUAGUGUUACUAAUACUACUACUAGACAGUCUGUAAACAAUGAAUUCAUACAAAAUCAGAAAAAUAAAUGAAGGACAGCAGAAUAAAGUAAUGUUCAAUAAACACUUUGUGGAAAUUAAGAAAUACUGAUGAGAAGCUUUAGAAAAAAACUAAGGUAUUUUCAAAGGCUAAAAAGGGGCGUCAACAUUUACUUAAACUUUAGAACGUCUGUAGUAGUUUUACUUCUACACACAGCAAGAGGGCGGGGCUUCAGUCAGGUGUCAGAGUUACUGAUUGCUGAAGGAAGUAUGAGAGUUCAAAAGUCACAAGCAGGAAGAAAGACGGCGUCUGAGAGAAGAAACAGCGAGCUUCAACCGAAUACCUGAGCUGCUCUCCAACCGGCCAAUCAGAGCACACAAACAGCAGACACCUGCAAAGAAGAAGACAAGGACGAAGGCCUCAGCAAACACAUGGUUCUCAGGUCGUCAUCAUGCUGGGUAGAACUGGAUCUGUCGGGUUACUCUGCAGGUUCUCAUCCACCUCCCCACCCCCUGAGAUAUCACGACUCCAUUACCCAGCAAGCAGUGGGAGCAGGAAGGAGGUGAGGCAGCUAAGUCCUGCUCAGGUGAACCAGAAGUUAAAGGCUAAUGAGUACAGCCACACCAUCCCCAGAGGCUCUGCCUCCCACGGUGUCCUUGGUUUCCAUAGCAACAUGUUGCCGUCCAACCAGCCGGGUGAGGACCGCCGCAGCAGCGCCACCUUCCUGCCUGGCCAUGGCGGCCUGAUGUUCGGUGUGUUUGACGGCCACGCAGGGCCAUUCUGUGCCCAUGCGGUGAGUCAGAGGCUCUUCUACUACAUGGCUGUGGCGAUGUUGCCACUGAGGACACUGUCUGAGUUGGAACGAGCAGUGGAGGAGGAACGUCCCGUCCCACCACUACUAGAAUGGCACAAACAUCCACAAGACCACAGCGACACCGAUGGAGGAGAAGCUUCAGCAUACAGCCUCCGAAACUACUGGCAGGAAAGGCUGGAGGAGGAAGAAGAGGAGGAGGAGGAGGAUGACAGCAGAGUGAGUUCAGCACUGGUCAGUGCUUUCCGUCGUCUUGACUACGACCUAUCAGUGGAGGCUCAGGUCUACCUGUCGAGGCGGACAGAUCUCCAUGGGGAGGCAGUAUCUCAGUCCUCCCCCCUUCGGGUGGUGCUGUCUGGCUGCACAGCCUGUGUUGCUUACAUCAGUGGUGGCACCAUACGCCUGGCUAACCUGGGCGACAGCCGGGCUGUACUGGGCGUUCAGGAUGCCAAUGGCCGUUGGUCAGCACUCAGCCUCACCAAUGACCACAAUGCCCAGAACCCUGACGAGCUGCAGAGGAUCCUGGGAGAACACCCGCCGUCUGAGCAGCGCACAGUGAUCCGCCAUGAGCGGCUGCUGGGUCAGCUGCUGCCAUUCAGGGCCUUUGGUGACGUUCGCUUCAAGUGGAGCGUGGAGAUGCUGAACCGAGUGUAUGAGACACGCCAUGACAUCCUAUCUGCGCUUGGUGAGGCAUUGCGCACACCCCCACCACAUUACCUGACCCCGCCUUACCUGAGCGCACAGCCUGAGGUCACAUGGCACCGCAUCACACCUGCAGACAAGUUCCUAGUGCUGGCAACUGACGGACUGUGGGAAGUGAUGCACCGGCAGAUGGUCAUCCAGCUGGUGGCACAACAGCUGACAGGGCUUCAGCAGCAGAGACCCAUAAUUCCUGGUACAGGCAUGACGCUGGGUGGCCUGCAGCACCUCCUGCUGGAGAGGAAGGGCCGUGCGCUGUCAGAGCUGGAGGACCAGAACGCCGCCACCCACCUCCUCCGCCACGCCCUGGGGGAUGAUGGGUACGGAGCCGUGGCACCAAACCGCUUGGCCAAGAUGCUGAGUCUGCCGACCGACCUGGCUCGCAGGUAUCGCGAUGACAUCACCAUUACCGUCAUCUACCUGAACGAGCCCAACAUGUGACCAAUAAACCUUUGUGACUUGACCACCUGAACGACAUGCAACCAAAAUGUGGAAAAUGUCCUACAGGAUGAACAACCAAAACAAUAUAAGAAGUAUAACAAAACCAAGAUAGGAGAUGCAACAUGAUGAAAAGAUGUAAAAGGUGCGAACAAGAUGAGAACAUCUUUUUAAUGUCAUCAUGAUGGUGGUGCAUGGAGGGACAGAUGAUGUCAAAGGAGGCAUAGAAGGUUUGUGAACCCUUCAGUUAGACUGUGAAGACAUGUAGGGGCUUGUGUAACAUUAACAUCACAUGGAUCAGAAUCAGUUUACACCAAGUGUCUGUUUUUAUGUGGAAACUGUACAUAGACACAAAGGACAUGAGCCCAUGUGCCAGUGUUGGCUGAGGGUCAAAGGUCACACACAUUAAACAGUGCUUUCAGCCUUUGGCCUUCACACAUUAAGACUUUCCAGGACUCCCUGAAUGUAUCAUUCUAUUAUGUUGGUGGUGAAACACUGAAAACUGCAAUUUUGUAUUGAAAAAUGUAUGUGUUGACAAAAGUGUUAUGAAGUGACUGACGGUUCUCUCAUGAGUUUUGUCACAAAGUGUAGUCAUGACAUCCCAGUAAAGAUGAAGCCUGUGGCUGGUGAUGCUCUAACCUCCAGUCACGAUCCAUCUCCUCUUAUUAGUGAACUGCUCAUCAUGACACUCUACUGGUAGAUUUUGGGAACUAUUCAGUCUUGUUUCUUCUCUGUCUGUUGCAGCAACAAAACAUGAAUAUGUUAAAUUUACAGUAAAGUAAAUCAUGCACUAAGUUUGAAACGAUCGGCUAUUUUUGUAAAACUCUACAAAUCCUUACACAAAGCAACAAAACAUUUGCCAUCUUAUGAAAAUUAACUAUUUCUCUAACUUAUUCUGUACUUUGUUGUUCUUCUUCUGCCACUCUGCACAAAAAAGGCAAAGUCCAGAUGUUCUUCCUUCAUUGUGUCAGUGUGUAGUUCUUUAUUCAAAUGAUGGUUUAUGUGUAUCGACAUAAAUACACAGUUUUUACAGGACUUUUUCAGAUUUUUCUCUUGCUUUAGCAAAGAGAUGUCCAAUGAUUUACAGAUUCAGUGUGAAGUUUUGUGUCAGUGUGUAGAGUUUUACAAAAACCACAAAUAGUUUCAAAGUCCAGAAUCAGAAAAUAACGUCCAUCUUCAGCCACAAGGUCCUGAUCACCAUAGCAACCAGAAACCACAGAAAGUGAAUGUGCUGGGAGUUGACUGGCUUUAAGUCUUUCCAUCCUGUCAUUGGGAUCAGAAAAGAAUUGAAGGAAUUUGUUGAUAAAACACAUGCAAGCAAGCGUUAAUUCUUCUUCUGAUUGGUUUAGGCAGUGUAUGUGUGUGUGUGUGUGUGUGUGUGUGUGUGUGUGUGAGGACAGCCCCAAACAAUUUUCAGACCGUGAGACAGAGUGGAUUGAGUUGGUUGGCGUUUUCAGUGUUUUUUUGUGUUGAAGAGCCGAUUUUGUUUAUAUGUAGAAAGUAUAUGGAACAACA